UGUGUGUGUGUGUGUGUUGUUACAAUGUCUCAACCAGAUGUUCCACCAGUCUUACAUCCAGUUUCUGUUAUAGGACAUGAGUUUAUUGCACCAUACCCACUUGAAAUUAAAGUCGAAAAACAUUCCAAGGAAAGCCUUGUAAUCACAGACAUUAACAACAAAAUAAUUCUGAAAGUCAAACCAUGCGACUCAAGCUUCCAUCGUCAGCGGUUAUUGCUAGACGCUAAUGACAGGCCCAUCGUCAAGCUACGGGAAAAGAAUUUGAGUGAACAUAAACGAUGGAACAUAUUUAGAGGUGAAAGUAAAGCCAAUUCAGAUAUGAUAUUCAGCACAAAAAAAGAGCACACGACUCAGACUAAUAUAGUAUGCGUAAACGUGUACAUGGCAAACAAAAUUAAUAGCAAGGGUGAUUGUGAUUUCCUGGUCAAAGGAAACUGGUCUAAGAGAAGUUGCACUGUCUAUAUGGGAGAUUCUUCAACAUCAAUAGCCCAAAUGAACGCAGUGCAAUCGUUGGAGAAGAAAAAGAUGGAAAAGGACAAGUUCAUGGUAACCAUUGGUCCGAAUGUGGAUUAUGCAUUUGUGGUCGCACUUUUCGUCAUACUUGAUGCUAUGAAAAACUCUGAUACAAAAGAAGUUGUGGCUGGUGAAGUAGUGGGAGGUGUGGGUGAUGUUCUUGGUGCCAUAAUUUCCUCUUAGUCAUGUUAAUUCCAUUUUCUAUCUGUAAGAUAUCAUCUUUUGAAUUGUUGUGCCGGUUUUAAUUUUACGGGUAUCAAAAGCAUUUAUAGAGUAGAUCAUUAUAGUCCAUUAAUAUAAAGCUAGAUCAUGUAUAAUUAUUCCUUUUUUAGUUA